GAUUCGUUUUUAAUUGUGAAGAAUAGGAUAUGGCGGUGCUGCGUUGUUCCGCAAUCGUCUUCUACCCUGGAUCGUGCUAGGUUUUGCAGAAUUUCAGUUUCACUCAAUUGACAUACCAACAGAAUCUCGAAAUUUAUCCAUCGUUUCGUUUUGGUAACUCGCGAAAUCAAAUCAAUAUCGACAAGUGACAACCUCCCACGAUUGGUGAUUCUUGCAAAACUGAUCCUUGCAAAUAUCAGAUAUUCACUGCAAGCAAGCACUCAAGCAUCUGUCAUGGGUAUAAUCAGGAGUUGCUUCUCUUUCAUUGCAGGGACAGUGUUUGGGGUUUACUUGGCUCAGAAUUAUCAAGUUCCUAACCUCAGGAAGGUGGCUGACACCGCUGUGGUAGAGGCGAAGCAAGUUGAGGAAAAAUACCGCAAGAGUAAGAAGAAGGGUGGUAAUGAUGAUAACUAUGAUUAGAGCCUUUACCACACUACAUUGGAAUCAGGUUCUUGUUUUGGGAUUUUUGUUCUUUUUGGGGUUUGUCCUGCAUUGUAUAGGAUCGGGUACCCUUAUUAACUUGGAGAACACAAAUUAGUGGAAGACCUUUACAGAAGUGAUCUUUGCAUUUAUGAACUUAUUAUUUUGUCUAUUGUUCAAGGGUAAUGUUGUCACUCCUUUGUCUUGUUGCAAAAUUUGCUUUAAAAUUACUAGUUAAAG